CUAGUAAACCAAAUUCCAGUAAAAAUUCUUAUAAAACCUAGUAUUAUAUUGCCAUACUAAGUUUGUACAUUUUUUUAAGGUGGAACAGACAACCAUCUGGUUUGGGUAGAUCUUCGUCCUAUGGGUUUGAAUGGGUCCAGAGCAGAAAAAGUUUUGGAGGAUAUUUCCAUUGCUUGCAAUAAGAACACUGUUCCUGGAGAUAAAAGUGCUCUCAAUCCAGGUGGAAUUCGUUUGGGAACCCCUGCCAUUACCACUCGUGGCUUGAUGGAGGCCGACAUAGAACAAGUCGUGGAAUUCAUCCACAUGGGUUUGACACUGGCUCUUGAAGUUAAAGCAGCUAGUGGCCCUACUUUGAAGGAAUUUAAAUCAACCUUAGCUGAAAAUCCAUCAUUCCAAGAAAAACUAAAGCUGCUGCGUGAGAAUGUAGAAACUUUUGCUCAAAAAUUUCCCAUGCCUGGAUUUGAAGUUUUUUAAAUAAAAAAAUGAAGUGGGUGAAAUUUCAACAGUCUAAAAUUAGCUGCAUUAAAAACUUGUUUAAAAAAUCCAAAAGGUUACAAAUUUUAAAUUUAUUCUUUUCUGUUAUCAAAGUUAUAAAAGGGCAAUAUUAAAGCUUAACAAGUAAUAUAAGUUCAUAUAUUUUGUGAUCCUUAAAAUACAAAUUUUUAAUUUUCAGGUUAAUAUAUAUGUUAGUUCUUCAAUCUUGAAAUGGGAAAUUUUCAAUUUUUAUACAUUAAUGCUGAUUCAAAGAAUAUGUAUGUGCAGACUUUACAAGAUAACUGGUUGUUAGAAUUUAUUGUAAUAGUACCUGUUUUAAAACUUUUUCACAGUUUUGUAUCACAUUUAUAUAGAAAUAUCUUAAUUUUUUUUUGGAAGAACUGUAUAUGCUAUUGAUGGAACAAAACAUUUUGAACAGUAUUUUCUCACAAAUGUUGAUAUAAUA